CCUCCAAACCUCCCUCCCACAGGAGGAAAGUAAAACUCCUGAUCUUCUCAGCCAGGCUUUGAAACAUGUUCACUUUGGAACAUAACAAACCCACGGAGCAUUGAAGGUGUGACGAAGUGCGUCAAGAGUUUGUCCAAUCAAUAGGGAACACCUAUGGUUGAACCCAUUCAAAUCGUGCGUGUGUGUGUGCGGGUUGUCGUUAUCGUCGCUUACUGAUAAAAUUUGUGAUGUGUCGUUUAAAGUGAGAAGAAGCCAACCUGUCAUGGGAAGAAGCCAAGCAUUGUUUUGGGAUCAAGGAACACUGAGUUUGGAUCGAAGCGCUCAGAUUGGUGAGGUGGCACCAAUUGUGCCCGAGAAUUGGCCUGCAUUGGCUGCGGCCACUUGCAAUCAGAUCCCUGUUACCUGUUAUUGUAUGUUGUCAUCACCUCAACAUUAUCGCAUAGGAACAGGAACUCUGAAAUACCAUUCAGAGAGGUCAUGCCCGGAUCCCACUGAGGGAUCAAGUGAAUUGUUGUUAGAGCGUCAUCUACUCUCUGACAUUCACUGGAUGAGCUUGCAUCAAUGACCCGACGUGUCCUUGACAAGAUGUCGGAGGGCUGAUGCCUCAUCAUCAUCAUCGUGGAUGAAUCGUUCUCUUCAAUUAGGCCUUAUUAUGACUCUAGAAAAUUCAUGUCUCCAGAGAACAGCCUCAGUGCCGACCGAGGAAUGUCCAAAGUCAGCGGAGCCCGAGAAUGAGUGGAAAACGAGGCCAAUGAGGAUGUUGAUAACGACGAAUUGUGCAGUCUCAAUCACCGCGAUGGAGAGGUUAGAGUAGAUCUACUAGUCCUAGCCCUCUCCAGCCUUCCAAGUCUCGCCCAGAAGUGUUCCCAACCAAAAGAGUGCUUGUUCAUUUGCUUGGAACAUCACUGCCUCUGUCCUGGGCUUCUUAUUAAUGGGAAAGGAAGAUGGAUCUGUGAUUCAACUUCCAGCAUCGAUCUUGCUCUCCCUCUAGCUCUUCCCAUCAUCCUCCACUUGCUCGUUUUGCCACAUGAGAGUCCAGUUUUGACUCCACUGGGCACCUGGCGGUCUCACCUCUAGUCACGUUCAACUUCUCGCACUUCAUCAGAGCGAGUGUUACGGAGUUUAACAUAAAUAAUCCUCCUACCCUGUCUGCUCUACUGCUCAUCUUGGGACGUUCCCAGGAAGACGAUUCGUCACCUCUAUCCAGUCAGGUUGAAAGUGGGUGAAAUACAAGACUUGAUUCCACCACCAUUCACUCACUCACCCUCUCACUCACUCACAUGCACUUCAGUGAUUGACUCGAAUGCGGAAAGUGGGAUGGGUGUGACGUCGUGAGAGCGCCGUUCCCUAACAUCCAGGAUCCCACAGCGACCAUUGAUUCCACUGCCUCCCCAAAAUAGUCUUCUCAACUGACAAGCUCCCUCUUAUUGCCACUGGUUUGCCUGCCACCCCCCACUCAAAUCUUGAUCCCUCAACCCUGGUUUGGAACCCUCGUGUUCCUCUCCCUAACCCUCUUGUUCUCACCGCACCCUGUUAGCCCCACGGCUGCAUGGUCGGUAGGAACAACCACUCAGGCGACAGUAUGUUACAUUUAUUCUUAGGCCUCAAAAGUUUAGUUAAGGUUAGUCGUUAUCACACCGAUGGUUCCGUCUUCAGACUCCAUUACCGGGUUACGGUAAUGGCCCUCCUUGCCUUUACCUUCAUAGUGACCACGAGGCAGUACAUAGGAUCCCCGAUUAUGUGUGUUCAUACCCGAGACAUUCCGAAAGAUGUUCUCAAUACCUACUGUUGGAUUCAUCCGACCUAUACGCUCAGUUCAGCACAUUGGAAACGAGUGGGCGUGGACGUGCCACAUCCCGGGGUGGACAAGACCCGUGACGAAAGAGACAAGAAACAUGUGAAAUACUACCAGUGGGUCGGGUUCUGCCUAUUCUUUCAGGCCCUGUUAUUCUAUGUUCCCCGAUGGCUGUGGAAAAACUGGGAGGCGGGCAAGAUCCACGCCCUAAUGAUGGACCUGGAUAUUGGUGUGGUUCAAGAUGUGGAAAAGCGGCAGAAGAAACGCCUUCUCUUAGACUACCUCGCAGAUAAUCUCAAGCAUCACAACUGGUGGGCGUAUCGGUAUUUCUUUUGUGAAUUCCUCGCUCUCGUCAAUAUAGUGGGACAAAUGUUCCUGAUGGAUCGUUUCUUCGAUGGAGCGUUUCUCACGUUUGGCCUUGAAGUGAUUGCCUUUGCCGAGCAAGACCAGGAGGACCGGCUUGACCCACUGAUCUAUGUGUUCCCUCGAAUGACCAAAUGCACCUUCCACAAAUUUGGCACCUCUGGCGAGGUGGAGAAGCACGACGCCCUCUGUCUUCUUCCACUGAACAUCGUAAACGAAAAAGUGUACAUCUUCCUUUGGUUUUGGUUCAUUCUUUUGGCCCUUCUGAGUGUUCUGGUCAUCCUCUAUCGUAUCAUCAUUGUCAUCAGUCCCAAGAUGAGGGCCUACCUCCUCUACAUACGAUUCCGUCUCAUUCGCAGAGAAGUCAUCAAUACCAUCGUGAAAAAGAGUUACGUUGGGGAUUGGUUUCUCUUUUAUAUGCUUGGUCAAAAUGUGGAUUCCAUGAUCUUCAAGGAAGUGAUGCACGAAUUGGCAAGGAAAUUGGGUCAUCUGGGGAAAGAUUUCUCGGACACCUGAAACGGGGAUGUUGGCUGAGCAUCCUCUACCGUGAUGAGCUCCUUCUCCCAGCUCCCCGCCCAGCCAAAUGUGUCCUAUCUUUGAUUCUACUCCUUCUUCCAAACUGAUGAAGAUGCUCUAAUGAUCAAUGACUGCAACUCUCCGUGCGCGUCAAGCCAAAAGGAAUCGAUACCAGCGAUCGAGUAGUAAUGAGUAAUGACGAAUUCACCACCACCACCACCACCACCACUAAUAACAACAACAGUGGUUGUUCACAACUUUCGUUGUGUGCGUACAGAACAGGCCUAGCUCGAGUGGCCCUAUUUGUGGCCAUCGCUAGACCCUCCCAUCCAUGUGAAUCACCCCCGAGAUCAUGAUUACAGAUCUCACUAAGUGUGUCGUCAUUGUCACCCCCUCCAAGACUUCUUUUCUAUUAGAUCAAAACAAUUUUCUCACGCCUAGAGUGGGCCCAUGCUGAUGAGGGUCGUGACCUCGAUUUUAAGCCCCAUCGUUGUAUCGUUGGGUGAGAAGUGUCUGAAUUCAAACCAUGGACAACAACCUGCCGUGUGGCACACCAAGCCAGACCAAAAUUUGCCGGGCAGGUUUGACUCAGAACCACUUCAAUCUCCAACAACUUUGCCGGUCUGUGUUGUGUUCUAUCACGGCCUUUGCAUCAGAAUGACCCCAGGUCUAGGUGACAAUUCAAGGUGCUAGAAAAUUACAUGAAACACUCACUCUAUAUUUUGUCCAAUAGUGAGUACACUAAACACAGUCAGUCAGUAAGUCAGUCAGUCAGUCACUCUGGGCAUGACCUUGCAAAAUCGUGUCCAAAUUAACUAAUCCUAAACAUUUGGAGAAAAGUAUGCUUUGCCAUUCACCCCGCUGUAACCAACUCCUCCUCAGCCGCAGCGGCACGGCAAACGACGAGCCAAGGGAGGAGCCAGAGACUCAAACCAAAACCAGUGUGUGGUCUUCUUUCUUAGCCUCUGACUUGACGGCCAAAUCAUCAGGGUUCUCCAAGUCCCACAGUGAUGCUCAUUCAUGUAUGUCAACAAACUGACCACGUGGUUCUCAUAGCCAUACUCUGCCAAACAACAAACAAAGCUAUCCCACAUUUUGCGACUCGUGAAGAUUAAAAGACACGAGGGGAUAGGCAGGCGUCCAAGACAAACUAUAACCCGAGGAAGAAGUUCAUAUCCCACUCUGCCGAAUGUCACUAAGAACGAACCGAGAUCGACCUUUUUUAUACUGCCGAGAGAUGUGCGUGUGUUCGGGAUAUUGGUCUCGAUUUGGUCUCAAACCGAAACGUUUGUUCUAAAACUGAUUGAGAAUGCGUCUUGGACCAUUUGACCGCAUUUCUUCCUCGCUAUACAAUCUCAUUUGUCUUAAAAAGACAAAACACAACGACUUUGCAACCUUUUAAUUCGAAAACGUCCUUCGAAAGUAGAUCUUGAUGAUGAUGGUAGUUUGACCUUGAGCAAUAACACAUACGUACACAUACACAUUCCCAUGUCAGGCGUCAAUACAAUGUGGACACGGAAUUCAAUACUGAGAAAAAAGAAAAAGACAUUUCGGCCUUUGCCAAGGGCUUUUCAACUCCAAUUAGUCUCAAACCCGCACCAGCCCGGAGGCUGCGGUACGCUCACACGCCACGAUUUGCUCUGUGUCGUGCGGAGCUCAUCUCUCACCUCCAAUAUUUAUAUCUCAUCCAAUGCUCAACAAUCUCAACCAAAAGAAUAAUCAAUCAAUCAUCCAUCAUGAAGGUUACAACACCAAAUGUGUGUCUGUUUUGAUAUUCACAACCGCGCAAAACUGAUAAUCGCAUUCGGGAAAUCCAGACGAGUCACGCCAACGACUAUUCAAUGACACCGCUGCAAAUGGAAGAUCUCCAAUCAAGAACCUGGGAAACGAAGGACACGCCUCAAAAUGAAGAGAAUGUGUUAAAAUACUAGAGCAGCAAUUCACAUGACUACUUCGCGAAUUUGUAUUCAUCAUUGCAUUAUUAUGUACUUAGAGAAGAAAACACUGACAAUUACAGCCUACAUGUACAUAGCCAUUGUCGCCAGGAUGAUAAUAUCGAGUUCAAGUUAGGUACAAUCUAUAACAACAUUCAAAUAUUUCACGGAAAUGUUGCCUUUUUAGAACAUUGUGUAAUUACUACCAUGCCUAUUCUCAAUUGAUCAUCAUCAUCAUCACUAACACCACCAACAAUCACCACACCCAGCCCUUUCCGGAUGAGUUUCCCUUGCACACUCUGCAGUUCCAAUUCUGUACCUCCCCAUCACCCUGAUCUUCUCAAAGACCUAUUUCUGUUGCCAAUUUCUUAACCUGAAAUACCCGUCGUCAAAUUAAACUUCAUGAAUUAGGAACUAUUAAUUGAGACACGUGGUUAAUUGCCCGCCAAGUGAUAUUGCGUUUGUUGCGUAUUUGACACAAGCUUUCGUUUUCCCAACAGGGUGACUAGAACCCUGAAGACUGAGACAGAUGAAUUGUAGAGCACAGAGGCUUCUUCUCUUCCAAAUUGGCCAAUGAUUGAUGAUAAAAGCGAUAUCUGAAAUUGUUCCCAUCGACUUCCUAACCUGCCCAUUUCCUUCUUUUUACCCACUUUGGUUCCGAUCCACUUCAUUUGGCCUAGAAUUCUAGACAUUUGUCAAUGGAAACAUCCCAGAAAGGGUACUCAAGAGUUGCGUUGAGUCUGAUUUUGAUCCAUUAUAUGUUCGUUCUCCAGGGCCAAAUUCCCUUCUAUACUGAACCCGAUACCUAUGGCACGCCUCCCAACCCCCAGCCAUAGUUUUUCAACUGCCACUCACCCCAAUAACACUUGAUUGACUUCAGAUUUCUUGGAGUAAGUGUUUCUGUGAUUAGUCCUUAACCACCAGUCCAUAGAGUGAACACCACUAGAUUUGCCCGCCUUUCCUUUCAAUCGAUUUGCAAGAGUUGCGUUCCGAUUCAUGAGAAGAAGAAAAAAAACCAACAUUCCAAAUAUAACAUUGACUUGUUAAAAACAUUGUUGAAUUGUUUAGAACAGCCCUUCCAAGCAUUUAAGAUUUUUUCCCCAUCACUUUGAUUGAACCUCCAACACAUUCUCACCUUCCUCUAAACCUUUUCUAAAUUCCCCUUUGAAGAUUCCACCAAUUUUGAUUUGUAAAUUUACUCCCAUUUCACCGAUUGUCUCCUCGAACAAUGAAUUAGAUUUGGGCAAACAGAAACAAGUGACAACACUAAAGACUAAUGAAGAUGAUGACGACCACCCCAUGGCCGGGGUGGUCGAAACCAGAAUGAAUGCUGCCUAUAUUUUGUGUGUGAACCAUAUAUAUCCCGGUUGAGAAUAAAAUGUUAAGUAAAAACUGGAA